UGUCUUUCGCACGGCGACAGUCGUACGGGACGAGUUGUGUAUCGGGAUGUAUCGGCGCGUUAUAUUCAUCAUUUUAAACAUCACAGCAAUCUUCAUACCAUACUUUUGCUACUCUCUUGUUAUAAUUAAUCAGAUUUUCGCGAAUGAAUUGUGAGUGAAUCGUGUUCCCGUGCUGAAAGGAGGAGAACAGGCUCAAGACGGGCAUCGAGCAUUGGCGGAGCAACUUUCAGAUCAACGCUGCAGAUUAAUGAAACAACAAUUCCGCUGCUGCGCAUCGUACUGAGGCACCGGCCUCGUGAAUGAACGCGAGAUGGACGUCUGAAUCGAAGCCAUCAUGGCCCGGUUUCUAUUGAUUCUGCCGCUGCUGGCAUCAUUGCGGCACCUGAUACACCCGAUCGACGCCGCGAUCGAACGGGGCAAAUCGAUAAAGGAGAAUGAGCGGUCCAAAUCCAUCAAGGAUGUUCUGGCGCAAACCGGUGGAACCGCGCUGCUACCUUGCCGAUACAACGGUCCUGGAAUAGCGACUUGGAUCAGGCGAAAAGACAGACAACUGCUUACAGUGGGUAGAAGCACUCACUCACCCGACACGCGUUUCGUUGUCAUGAAUAGUCCUGAUUGGAGUCUCUUAAUCAAGAACGUCAAGCACGAAGAUGAGGGCCUUUAUGAGUGUCAAAUACAAACGGAACCAGUACAGCAGCGGUUCAUACGACUGAACAUCACAGAAGCAUAUUCGGUAAUACCAGGUGGGCCGGAUCUCCACGUAAAGCAGGGCUCAAGCCUCCGUUUGGAAUGCCAGCUGAUGGCAGCCGCAGAAUCACCUAGCUAUGUAUUCUGGUAUCGCGACGAACGUAUGAUAAACUACGACAACGAACCCGGCGUGAAAUUCGAGCUGAAGAGAAAUGGUUCGGUGCUUGUCGUGGAGAAGGUAAAACUUUCGCACGGCGCCAAUUAUACAUGCGUACCAAACAACGCCAGGCCGGCACACAUAAUGAUACAAGUCAUCGAAGAGGAAGAAAAACCGGCAGCCAUGCACGGAGGCGAUCGGCGAAAUUCCACGGUAGCUACAUCGAACAACUCUAUACUGACACUCAUGGCUCUUCUGAUUAUUCCAGAUGUAAGACGGUGCUUCCAGAAUCUCAUCUACCACACAACGUGACUAUCGCAAACUGCUGUUUUCGCGAAAUCGAAUCUACUGCCGAAUGCGAACAGGAGAAAUUCAGACACCAAAUUUCGGUUCGAAAAAACACCCUGUUGUAUCUAUGUAUUGAGUAUCUAUGUAUAAUUCUUAACUCGCGAGCCGGAACUAUUUGACUCCGGCGAUGAAAUCCAAACGUCUUGAAGGAAGAUGUGACAGAUUCCGCGUGGGAUCAAAGAAAAAUCUAUUUGCGAGUAAACUUAAAGCGAAAGAUUCAACUGCAGACAGUUUUGCGCGAGUCCGUAUCCCCGGUGGUGAAAUCCGAGAAGAGGACCGCGAAGUUUCACGUAACCAUGUAACUUUCGUUUAAAGAAACGUCUUAUCCAAGUGACGCUACUUGAUAGAAACUCCGCUUGAACUUGUAACGAGUGAAUAAUAUCCGUGGAAUGAGAUUUGGACGUCUUUCGACGGGGACGAAUUUGUUCACGAACUUCAAGAGCCGAGUUGCAGCCUUGUGUCGUCGGUCAUCAUAAACUCUCGCAAAUUGAAACAGAAGUUUUUUUUUUCACGAAAACUUGUCGUUUCUACUUACAUCAAAGUGUCUUUAGAAACUAAAUUCAUUAAUCCCUUAAGGCAAAAAUUCCAUUUAUUUCUUAACAAAAAAUUAUCGAUCUUUGUCGUGUUUAAAACUUCAGGAUAUUUUCGAGAUAAUUGCAAUAUAGAAAACAAUACAUAAGAGAAGCUAUUUUUAUUAAUGUUAAUAGUAAAAAUAACGAGAUAGUUUCUCGCAGUCUAGCAAUUAUGUUCUACGACAAUUCCUGAAUUCUCUAAUAAAAUUUAAAAUUUUGAAUUUUUACACUCUUCGAAGAGCAUUUGCAAUCUCGUAGUGUAUCACAUCUUCGCGAAUAAAUUUAGCGAUAAAAUCUCAUCGUGAAGCAAACAACUCUUCAUCACGAAAAUCAGGUAUUAUUUGCUCCUUAUAAGUCUGCCAAGUUUCUAGCAAGUAGUUUGAUGCAAGUUUGGAGGGAAGAUAUAGAGUUCUGUAAACAAAAGUUGUGCAUAGUUCCGUUGGUUCUACAUGGCUGUUACUAAUGUUGAUGAUAAUAGGCUCUCACAAUCUCGCAUUUUGUAUUGUUAUAAAUAUUACUAAAUAUAUAAUAAUAAAAAUUGUCAAAUUUUAAAUGUUUAGAUUUAGAAAUUACGAUAAAAUUCUGAAAGAAUUUAUCGAUGCUCACAAAAAGAAUUACACUCAAAGAAUUGCAAUCAAAAUUGCGUCCAUAAAUAAACUGCCAACUAAUAACACUAAUAACAAGUCAACCAGAGAUAGAGGAAAUCUUAUCAUCAGCACGAUUCAUUUGCUAAAACGGCCAAAGCUAAUUCUGUAUUAUGAUACUUAUAUAUGUAUGCUACAUAUAUUAAAAAAUACUAUCAACCUAAG